GUCUAAGUCUUGCUAGUAGCAGCUUAAGCUACAAUCAACUAAUGGAAAAUCCAUGUGCGAUGAUUCAAUGUCUAGCUAUUAUAUAAACGGGAAUUCUCUUGCACAUUGCUCAGCAAACAACUUCAAUCUACAAUUAAAUACAGUAAUUCAAACUAUCUUUAAAUUCAAUAUCCUACUAAGAUUUCUGUAGUCAAAAGCUUAAAAUGGCAAAACCUUUGAAGAUCUUAACCCCACUCUUUCUAUUUAUCUCAAUACUAAUCAUCUUGAUCCAAGUCACACCUGCUAAAGCAAAGUAUAACCAGACAGAAUUCAUAAACGAGGUCCUAGAAGGGCAUAAUGCUGCCAGACAAGCAGUGGGGGUGUCGCCUCUGAAGUGGGAAAAUUUGCUUGCUAAAUAUGCAAAGAUAUACUCAAGGCAGAGGCGACACGACUGCAAACUGAUUCAUUCUUCCAGUCCAUUCGGGGAAAAUCUAUUCUGGGGUUCAGGGAAACGGUGGAUGGCAAAGGAUGCAGUCGCAGCAUGGGUGGCAGAGAAGCAAUGGUAUAACUACGGUAACAACAGUUGUAGUAGUGGAUAUGCCUGUGGGCACUACACCCAGGUUGUAUGGAAGCAAACCAAAUUGGUUGGAUGCUCAAAGGUUAAAUGUGACAGCGGGGAUUCAAUCAUUACCUGCGAGUACUAUCCUACAGGAAAUUAUGUAGGGGAAAAGCCAUACUAAAAUCAUGAUACAUGCUUAAUGUCUGUGUGUUCAUGAGUUUUGAGUGAAAUGCAUUAUAUUUCCAGUAAUACCUUUGAUAGUGAUAUUAUAUGUGCCAUAUUUUGUGUAUUAUAUGUUGUGUAAUCAGUGAGAAAAAGGCUGACUGGCUGAUACAUAACAGCAGUAAGAAGUUGCAAGGAGUCAUAAGAUAUACCAAGAAACAUGAACGUAUUGUACAGAAAAAUAUUGACAAUCUUACUUCGUUUAUAUAUUGGAUAUGAAAGCUUAGUUUGUCA